AUGACAUGCGACGUCAAUGCCACAGAUGACUGCUGGCUACUUUCUGCCAUCGCUUCUCUCUCGGUUCAUCGAUCUCUGCUGAAGAAAGUCGUUCCUCUGGAGCAGAACUUCCAGGACGGAUACAACGGCAGCUUCACCUUCAGGUUCUGGCAAUACGGUCAGUGGGAGGAGGUGAGGAUCGACGACCUGCUGCCCACUCAGGACAACAAUCUGAUCUACCUCAGCUCUCCGGAGAAACACGAGUUCUGGAGCUCGCUGCUGGAAAAAGCCUACGCCAAGAUGAAAGGCGGCUACAGAGCUCUGGACAUGGGUUUCCCUCACGAAGCGAUGGUCGACAUGACCGGUGGAGUGACGGAGGUUCUGAAAGUGGCGUCGCUGCCCAGAGACCUGCCGGCGUUCCUCAGAAACCUGCUGGCUAAAGGAGCUCUGAUCAACUGUGCCAACUGCCAGGGUCCUCUGGAGCAGCAGAGUGAGCUGGGAAUCAUGUACCGACAUGCUUACUCUCUGACUGCAGUCGAGAAGGUAAAGACGGCUCAUGGCGUCGUAGAUUUGGUGCGAAUCAUGAAUCCUUGGGGCAACACAGAGUGGCAGGGGCCCUGGAGCGACCUGAAAGGUCCAGAGUGGAACACAGUGAGUGUGGAGGAGCAACAGCGACUGGACCGAGUGAGGAGGGAGGACGGGGAGUUCUGGAUGUCGGUGUCAGACUUCAGGCAACACUUUGAGAUGAUGGAGGUUUGUCACCUGACUGAAACUCUCAGCGAAUCAGGCUCCAGCGUGUCGCCGUGGUGCUGCAUCAUGCAUCACGGAAGCUGGGUGCCGAACAUCACAGCGGGAGGCCCUGCACAGAGCGGUUGCUUUUCGAAGAACCCUCAGUUCUACUUCAUUCUGUCGGAAGUGGACCGCUGCCCGGACAGAUCUAAGAAGACCUGCUCCUUUGUCCUGGCUCUGAUGCAGAAACACCAGAGACGUCGAGGCAUCGACCUGGCCAUCGCCCUGCAUGUUUACCCGGCCCAUCCUAAGAACACCUACCUGUCGCCUGACGACCUGAGAGCCCGUCCCCCCAUCCGCUGCAGCCCCCAGUACUCAUCUCGUCAGGAGGUCGUUCUCCGCGACUCGCUACCACCCGGUCGUUACAUCAUCGUCCCCUCCACCUCAGAGCCCAAUCAGCAGGGAGAUUUCCUCCUCCGGGUGCUGACCGAGCAGGGCAACGCCGCCAUGUGA